AUGCUCCGUCGCAAAACGAAGCCCGAAGCACCGCCGAACCAAGAUGCCGAGUCGCCGCCGGAGCCGCAGACCGCGCCAAAACCGGACGCGACGCCGAAGGAGGAGCCGUGGUGGGCCGUCACGACGCCGAGGAACGAGGCGCGCCUCUUCUUCGCCGUCUACUUCGCGUGGCAGAGCGCCACGCUCCUCGCGAAGAUGCGCGACAUGCGCGUCUUCCUCGACAUGGGCUACCUCCCCAAGGGCGGCCGCUUCUGCUGGCACGCGCCCGUCGCGCUGACGCCCGCGACGCACGGCUACGCGGUGCUGCUCCUCGCUGCUGCUUUGUUGGCGCUCGCCGCGGCCGUCGCGCGCGCGGCGCCGGCGCCGGCGACGCGGUGCCUCGCCCUCGGCGCCUACGCCGCCGCGCGCGUCGCGUUCCCGCCCGUCGAGCGCAUGGCGUCCAUCGAGAAGAAGGCGAACAUGGUCUACGUCACUUUGCUCCUCGCCGCCGCGGCGCCCGAGGACGCGCUCACCGGCGCCUGGGGCGCGCCGACGGCCGCCUGGCCGCUCACGGUCUACCGCGUCGUUAUUUACGUCGCCUACUUCAACGCGGGCGUGUCGAAGCUCGUCGCCGCGUCGCCGACGCCGUCGUCCGCGGAGUUCGCCGCGACGUCCCACGGCGCGGCGCGCUGGCUGCCCGGGUUGUCCGCGCUCGUGCUCCGCGGCGCGCGGCGCGUGUCGUUGGACUUCUCCGACGGCGGCACGCUGCGGGGGGCCGUCGCGUCGCAUCUGGCGCUGCGACCGCCGCUCGAGGGCGUCGCGAGGCAGCUCGUCGACGCGCCGGCGGCGUGCGCCCUCCUCUCAUUCGGGUCCCUCGCCUUCGAGCUGCUGGGCUGGACGCUGGCCCUGCGGCCGCGGGAAGCGCACCGGCUGCUGGCCGCGGGCGUCGGCGCCGUCGGCUUCCACCUGGGCAUCUUCCUGCUCAUGCGCAUCAACUACCUGCUGUUCUGGGGCCCGUCGCUGCUUUCCUUCUUCACGCCCUUCCUCGCGACGGCGGCCCUGGGGGCGUCGCCGCCGGCACCGCCGCCGAGGCGCCCCGCGCGGUGGCGCGCGGUCGCGGUCGCGGUCGCGCUCGUCGGCGCGUCGCUGCUGCCGAACGCGCACACCUGGGAGGACCACCCCCUCAAGCGCUGGAUCCCCUGGGUCUCCGAGUACGAGAUGUUCGCGUCGCGCAAGGCCCACGACCUGGCGCUCGGGCCGGCGGUCCGCGCGCGCGUCGCGUGGGCGCCGCGCGGCGGCGACCUCCGGCCCUGGUCCCCGUCGGGCGGCGGCCUCCACGUGCUCAAGCAGUCGCGGGACGUGCUCACGCAGCUCGCCGGCUGCGAGAGCCGCGGCGCCGCGAAGCUCGCGCGCGCCGUCGAGCUCGACGUCGGCGAAAGUAUAUCCCGCCUCGAGGUCUACCAGGUCGUCGCGGCGCUCGCCGCGGCGCCCGACGCGCCGGACGCCGGCGCCGGCGACGACGGCGACGACGCGCCGUCGGCGGCCUCCUUCAACGCCGCGCGCGAGGCCAUGGCGCGGCGGUACGACUUCCGCGCGACGUCCCGCUUCGUCGCCACCGUCGCCGACGACCGCAUCCUGCAGCUGGACCGCAACGGCACGAACCGGUGGACGCUGCGCUUCGCCGGCUGCGGCGCGACGAGCAUCCCCGUCGCGACGUGGCGGGACCGCGCGCGGACGUGCGGCGCGGCGAGCCGCCGCCGGACCGUCGGCGCGGCCGUCGGCGCGGCGCUCGCGGACUCCCCCAAGGGCGAGCACCUCGCGAAGCGCGAGGACGCCGGCGACCGCAUCGCCGAGGCCAAGGCCUGGCUCCGGGUGGCGUCGAGCGAACGCAAGCGGUGGACGGGCCUCCCGCUGACGCCGUCCGUGUCGCCUCCGCCGUGGGUCUCGACGGGCGUCUUCGCGACGAAGGACCCGCUCGCCGCGACGCUCGGGCGCACGGUCCAGAGCUACACGCUGAACGUGGCCUGCAAGGAGGAAUUGAAGGGGCCCUGCGGCAAGGCCAAGAGCCGCGCGCUCUGCGUCGCGCGGCGCGCGGGCGCGCGGGCAUCGCCGGAGUGCUGGGCCGCGAUCCAGCCGGCCCUCGGCGGCGCGCUGCGCAAGCUCGUGCCCGAGGAGGCUGAGGAGAGCGCGGCCAACGCGAAGGCGGCGACUGCGCUCGCGGCCGCGGCGCGCGAGGACCGCGAGGCCAAAGCCAAGGCCGCAAAGGCAGCCAAGUCCAAGCCCGCGGCGGCGGCCAAGAAGGCGACCAAGACCAAGAAACGCACCGUCGAGAAGAAGUCCGCCGCGCCCAAAAAGAAGAAGGCCGCACCGGCCAAGAAGCCCGCGACGAAAAAGACGAAGACGAAGAAGACCGACAAGACGUGCCCCGUGCUCUCAGUCGAAUGGACGCUCGUCCAGUCGGAAAACGCGAAGAUGACGCACAUCGACGAGCUCAAGGCCGCGGUCUCUACUAAGGACACGCGCAUCGGGGAGCUCGAAGCGGACCUCUUGAGCAACGCUACGCGCAUCGGGGAGCUCGAGGCGUCGCUCCGGGCGAAGGACGAGACGAUCGCGGAGCUGCGCGGACGCGUGGCCGAGCUGGAGAAGUCGGGGCCGAAGAAGCACAAGCCCGCGGCGGCGGCGAAGAAGCCCGCUGCGGCCAAGAAGAGGAAGGUCGCGCCGCCGGCCAAAAAGCCCGCGACGAAGAAGACGAAGACCCAGAAGAUGGACAAGACGUGCCCACUAUGA